UAUGCUAAAGACAUUCUCGGCAUGCAUUGAGAAUAGCAACGUUUUUCCAACCGAAUGAGUCCGUUCUUUACUAGCGUCUUUUGUUAGUUUGGACGACAUAUUUSCAUCAAAUACUGGACUGAACUCUACAGCAACCUUCAAUAGUACGGUUCAAUCAUGGAAAACCCGGAGUCGGAAGAAGAAUACGAUGCCAUAACCGGGAUUCGUAUAUUCAAGAUUGUGGUGUUCGCGAUCAUAUUCAUCGCUGGGAGUUUUCUCAAUAUCUUGAUGUUCUUGGCCGUAACACGGAAGCAUAUCAGACACCAGAGAACAUCGAGGAGUUUCAUCCGUCUCAUUCAAAACUUAGCAUGUGCAGACGUCCUCUUCCUCUGUUUUGUCGUGCCUUUUGACUCCGCUUGGUGGGAUCCGAGAGAUUUCCCCUAUGGAGGUGCAGCUUGUAAGAUCCUGUGGCCUCUACGGAACACAGCUUUCGAAGCCAUCGUCCUCACCUAUGUAUUGCUAAGCUUUCACCGUACUUACGGUGUCAAACAGCAGCUUUUCGGCCAAAUGAAUGAUAUCUUUGUGAUGUUUAUCAUCUUUUCUAUCUGGAUUGCAAGUAUGUUAACCACCCUGCCAUACAUUAUCUUUCUGAACUACGAUGCAGCGAGCUUGUCUUGCAUUGAGAUGUGGCCACUUCUUGAUGAUCGAAGAGCCUACAGUGGGGUGCUGUUUGUGGUACAGUACAUCGUUCCCUUGAUGGUCUUGCUAACCAUGUACGUUGUGGCCAGAAAAGAGCUUAACAGUUCUGCAGCUAGAGAAAGGGCAACAAUUGAACGCAAGGCUCGCCAUCGUCGAGUUAACAAUAUGUUGAUAGUUUACAUUUUGAUAUUUGCUGUUCUGAUUCUUCCUCAUCAUAUCAACAGGUUUGUUCUGGAUUUUGCUGCUGGGAACAUGAAGCCAUAUUUCUUUGCCAUUAUGAAACUGCUUUACUUCCUUACUCUUCUCAUCACUGUUACCAAUCCUUUGCUGUUUUUCUACUUCAAUCAGGAAUUCAGAAAGGACAUGUGGCACAUCCUCCGUUGUCGAUGCUUCUUCAACGAUAAAAGAGACGCAGUUGAUGGCAGGUCGGCUUCUUUUUCGAUCGAGCUGCCUCCCCCUGGAGAAGCAAGAGUUCCCUAUUCAGACAUUCCGGCCACUCGAGCAAGCGCCAUGGAACGGCCACCACACUAUCAUGAAGAAGGAUCCAUUGGUGGGGCGUCUUACCAUGGUCCUCCUAGUAGACACUCUGGGUCCCACCGCGGAAGUACCGACUUGGGAGCAAAAAUGGGAAGUCGCGAGUCCUACCAUGGCAGUAGAGAGUUUGGGCCACCACGAACUAGUAGCCGCCAGGAGUUGCCUCGGUAUGGCAGUCAAUCGGGAAGUAGGGAACAUCUUCCCUACGAGCCACCAAGAAAGGAGCCUUAUCGUGGAAGUAGGGACGACUUGCCCUACGAUUCAAUGCGAAAGGAACCUUAUCGAGGCAGUAGAGAUCAGUUGCCACCAUAUCGUGGAAGUACGGAUUAUCUUCCGCGUGAUGAACCACCCUACCGCAGCAGCAGAGAGAACAUCUCACGUGACCCUUACCGUCCACCCAGUCGUGAAUAUUUGUCUCGUGAUGAGCCGCCGUACCGCCCCAAAAGCCGAGAAGACAUCCCUUCUCGUCCAGACUAUGAAAGACGUUCGUUGUCGAACAGAAGCCUUCACGAUGAGUAUGAAGAUGAUGAUGAUCAAGGGAGCGAGAUGCUUUAAGUGGCAUGUACAGCAUUUAAUACAUGACAAAAUGAAACAAAAAAGGCUGGAUUAAAGCUGGAUUAAAUCCCACGACAAGUAAGGGUAUUAAGGACACGUAACUAUCCUGGAAUGAUUUAACUGUAUGUAUACGAGUAACUUUCGUGCACAUUUGACUGAAUGCGCACGGCAGUUGUUUAUUGAACGCAAAUCCACAUAAGGCUUUCUAUCUUUACAUAUACACAUGCACUCUGACUUUUAUUUCGAUCGCUUUUCAUUCUGAUUUUUUUUUAAACYAUUCAAAUUUGGCAACCUACCAUCAGGUCACGUUUAAGGUCACUUUUAUCUAAGUUCUCAGUAACAUCCUUCAAAAGUCGUGCUUCUCGACAGUGCUUUAAAAAAUUCGAUGAAAAGCUUGCAUCUUGUGUGAAAAGGUUAAGAUUUAAAUGUGCAGCAAACGUUAAACUUCAUUUAGGUGUUAGUUUACUUGUAUCGAACCUUGUAUCUAUUGACCGUACAGGAAAAACUGCGUGAGUUGCUAUGGAAUAAUGAAAUUGGCGUCAGGAACGACAACAACAAUGACGUCACAUUUAAACACUAGUCAUAUCUAUAAAUAGACCUCUUGAAUGUGACGUCAAAGGAGCUCAAUUUCGAGGACGAAACAAAAGAAUUUCAAUCUCCUGAUAAUUGGAAACCUGUUGUUUUGCCCUCCAAAUUGAGCUGCAUUCCGACAAGGGAUCUAUAGUUUUAGUUUUGACCGAAGAGCACAAACUACUGUAGUCUUUUAUUUUACCGCCAUUUUUUACUGUACGAUUGCUUGUAUCCAAAGCGUAAUCGAUCUCCAAACUAAGUAAUUUUUUGCUGUAAAAAUAAUAAAUAUAUCUAGUUUUUUAAUAUGAGAGUCCAAAGGAAAUAAUGAUAACACGAGUGUCAAACAAUUAACCGUAUAGUUGUACUUUGCUUCAUCAGUUUUUAAGUUUAGUUACAUUAGAUUUGAUUAGAAAAUAUCAUGUAAAUUGGUUAUCUUGUUCAUUUUCGUAAUUGCCAUAAACAGACAAUAAAGUAAAUAUAAAUU